AUGAAUGGCAUUCAAUAUUGGCCAUUUCCAUCGACAAGCGCCACAUUUUAUCGUCCAGCUGAGCAGCAAAGCCUACCAGCAAGUCCAGCAGGUCCCCAGCCUAUACAUGGUCCACUUCGCACGCAAUCAGCAAUUCCACUGGGAAGAAGCACGCCAUCGCUUCAGUCUUCAGGUGCGAGUGAUGUCGAAGUACUUGCUACGGCAAGCGCUAAAACGAAAAAACCUCGCGCUAAGUCUGCAGACUGGACUGAGGAAGAAACGCACAAGCUUCUUGAUGCGUGGGCCCCCAAAUUCAGUAAGCUACGAGGAGCUUCACAAAGAGAAAAAAUAAAAAUUUGGAACGAUAUCUAUUCUUUGUAUAAAGAAAGGUGUCCAGAGAGCCAGAGAACGCUACAGCAAGUAAAGAAACGGCAGCAGAAUCUAGAUAACGAAUACAAGCAGUUAAAGCAGCGAACUCGCUCGACGGGAGAAGCUGGAAUUAAGAAGAUUAAAGAAGGCUUCCCCUAUUUCGACAUCUUUGAUGAGGUGAUGGGACACUGCGACAGCAUCGAUCUGUCUAAAAUGGCAAUCGAAGGGAGUUCUACCUUCACCUCAGAAUCGAGUGUAAACGACACUUUGCUCAACGAAAGUGUAAAUGUUUCUCUCGAUGAAUCAGAACCGGCUGACGAUGUAACAGGAGUCCAGAAAAGCAGCGAGAAAAGAAAAGCGGAAAAGGAGCAGGAGAAAAGUGGGCGCAAGGCAAAAGAAGGCGACGAGAUAUCUCGGAAAGUACGACUCAAGACUGGCAGAGUUCUUUUAUGGAAAUGUGGGAAAAGAGUAUGGAACAGGACAACACAAGAUUUGAACGUUCCGCGCAAAUGUUCCAUGACUCCCAGAACAGGCAAAUGGAACAAACAAACGUCAUACUCGCUGGCUUCAAAGACACUUUUAAAGAUUUAG